CUUCCACAGAAAACUAUUUUUCUGUGCUGUCGCGACCGUGCUCUGUAAACCUGCAGGCAACAAUGACAUCCGUACCUAACUCUCCACCCGAAGCCUCAUCGUCACGGCUUGCACUCAUCGACCGAUUCCCACCAACCACUUACAAAGGCGUGAAAGACCUGAACAAGCUCAUCGUGGCUCGACGCGACCAGCUGUAUGAGGAAGUCGAAGGUGCCAUUCGAUACCUUUCGUUCAAGGAUGUGUCACCCCAACAAUUCAACCAUAUUGUGGAACGGGGGGAGGGACUGAGCAGCCACGUUCGCCUGAAUUACCUUCGCGAUAUCGAAACCUUGAUCGUCAGAAUCCCCGCAAGAGAGACUGAAACGGCCUACCUCAGCUUCAGUAACAUCGUCGUAUGUGCCUCGCACAAGAUGGGCCUGGGUCACAAAGAGACCUGCCUCCUUGGUGCCACAACAUUCUAA